CGACAAGUGUACGUUUUCAAAUACGCCAGACAACCAAAAUAUCAGCUAAAAAUGUGUUGAGUGUCUAAAACAAUAUUACUUACCAUAAGAAAACGUUAUUCCCUGUACUCGAAUUACUUAGCUACAUUUUUAGUAUUCAAUUCUAACGUGUUGCACUGUUGUAGUAAAAAUGUUCGCACACCACUGUUUUAUUUUAUUAUUACAUUCCAUACUACCAGUCAACUUUAUGAUGAUUGAAUCUACAAACCAAAUUUCACCGACAUAUUAUAUCAGUCGAACAUUCCCUCAUUCAUUCGUUAAAACAGUGAACAUUCUAAAAACCUAUAAUGAGCGAGAAAUCAAAUUUGUGAAAAAGAAAUUACAAUUCUAACAAAUCCUGUUCACUCUUACAGACGAUACCAAAGGCCGCGAUAAGGUGUUUGAUAAAUUCGACAAGAAAAUCGAAGACAUUAAAUGUACAUGCUCUUUAAUCGUGAAAACGAAAAUGGCGUACUUGGCGAAUAUUCUGGAAGGGUUGCGAAGUGGCGGAGCUAUAGAAGUUGCAAAUGAUAAAUUAACCGAAUUAAAAGAAGAAGCGGGUUUUAUGGUCCUGUUGUUUCAAAGUGGCAAAGUCAAAGCGGGCAAAUGGUUUUGGAGUUUUUAUUUAAAAAUCAUGGCAAUGAUUGAUUACGAGAGCAACAACAAUUUCUUUGGGGAAACCCUUUUCGAAGAUGAGGAAUUACUAAGUAGUAUUACACAUUUUAUACAACAUUGUAAAGAUCACAAAUACCUUCCCAAAAAUAGAACUGAGACUGAUUUGGUGUCGAAAAAUUCCAAUGUACCCAAAGAUAUAGUUAAAGACUUGCACAAGUCUGCGCAAAAUUAUUAUUUUUUUUUCGGUAUGAAAUUCGUAACGAUUUCCCAUCUAUACUUAAAACCGUUUUGGACUGAAAAUGAAUUAUUUUUUGGGAAAAUAACAGGCUCAAUUAUAGAAUGGUUGCCGACGAUAAGACGGCACGCAGUUGAAGUGAAUAAAACCAAGGAAUACAUUGAAAACCGCCAAUGGAUAUCGAAACCGUUCGGACACCUUAGUUACCACGAGUUAGUAAUCCAAAUUAUAGCUGUGAGAAUGUACACCUAUAUGUGGGUGAUGUUGGUAAUAUUCAAUAAAGAAAUGCCUAAAAUGGAUGUAAACAGUAUAAAAGUUAUUUAUACGGAGACAAAAUACAAAAUCGAUAUGGUACACAGAUUCAUGCCACACACCGACACUUUUUGUUCUGAUAUAGUAGCAGCGUUAUACUAUGCCAUGAAUGAAAACCAAAAAAACUUUGAUUGCAUUAUAGCUAGAAUAUCGGUAAGAGUCAAAGACAUUUUAGUUGAGUUAAACGGGCGUAAUUCCAAUGGUAGCGACUGGAUCAAUAUUGAUGCAAACGACGAGUUUAGCGGUGAUAUGAUAAUGUCAUUUCUCCAUGAAUUUGGAAAUAAUUUUAAUCAAUUAAGAGUUAAGUUAAUGCCUUUAAAUUAUGCGCUUGUGUUGAGUUUUCUGGUAGAAGGUAAUUGAUGUUGUUGAAGAUAAUGACCAAAUCAUUCAUCUAACAUUACACUUUUAUUUUGUACUUUUCGUUCAUACCUCCCCCCAUAUAAAUAGUACAAUAGGAUAGAAAAAUCCUCGUCUAGAGACCUAGUAGAAACUUCGUCGCCAUGUAUUGUUAUACCAAUCACAUCCCGUAAAUAGUUAUAGCACCUAAUAUGGUUUUACUCCCUUCCCCAAUCUCUCUACGUUAUAAUGUAUUUUUUUUGAAAUGUCAUUUUAAGUACAAAUCGUGAUAUCUAUUAAACAUAAUAAACAUCUUCAAUAUUGUUUUCACAUAAUAAAUGACCACGUUAAAACUGUAGUAUCCAAAAGUUUAUCUAUGCUUUAAAAGUAGAAACCAUAAAAAAAUAAAAGUAACUAUAUUACUUAUUGUAGUUUUCUAACUUAACAAAUAAGUUUUUUGCAUUUCUUUUUAGUUUAAAAUUAUUUAAGUUAUUUAUUUUGAUGAUGUAUAAAUAGAACAUGUU